AUGCCGAAACCCACCAAGCGCGAGCGUCCAAACAGCUACAACUCGCCAGGCGGCAUUCAUAGACCCCGCUGGAGCACUGCCCCACAGGAAACUGCAACAGCAGAAGCAGCAACAGCAGUUCUGCACGACCAAGACAGCGACGCUUUGACAGCACCGCAGAGCAGGCCUGCAGAAGCCUCUGCACCCGCGUUCACUCAAGAGACUCUCUGGAAAUCCAAACGAAGGCGCAGGUGUAUUCCCCCUGCGUUGACAGCAGCAGGGGUUGGUGCCACACCGACUGAAGGGCAGCAGCAGUCGUCUCUCCAGCCUUCUGAACAACCCGGAAAAACACCUGAGUGUGAAGCUGCGGCGGUCGCGCGUGCACGCGGAAACCAACGCCUUGCUCGCCCCCAAAGGAGCACCAGCAGCGUCACAGGAGCCACACCAGCAACAGCCGAUCCUACAGUGUGUGCUGCCUCCUACGCCAUAAGUCAGACUGUCGACGUGAUUUUGCCAAUACUGGGGGGGCAAGACAGCCUUCAGACUCUGGCAUGUGUGUGUCGCUGUUUGCGAAUGGCGGUGCUAAGCAGCAGUGCAUGGGGUGGCAUCCUAGAGAGGGAAGGACUGCUGUCUGUUGUGACUUUGAAAAGCCAGGAGCUCUCAGAAAGGCGAAGCAAAGGCAGAGUCUAUGCAGGAUUCGUUCCUGCCGUAAUACUUCGACAGCAAAGAGUGCGAGAGCAGGCGGCUAUUGCGGCUGCUGUGUCGCAGCAGCUCGAUCCUCAAAUCCACCGCAGCAACAGCAGCAGCAGCAACGCCACCACCACCACCACCACCACUCCCGAGCUACUCGCUCCCGUGGCUAUUCGAUCGGUAAACUUGAAAGUCUGCAAUGCAGAAGUCGAUGACGGGGUUCCUGCAUCCCUGCUGCGUGAACUUGCCCUCUUGCAGCAGCUGCAGAGAGAUCACGCCUUCGCAGCGACGACCGCAUGCACCAGCACCAGCAGCACCAGCAAGACAGACGAACGGCGGGAAGAACUGCCAAUUGUGCGCUAUGUGGGAGCUGAGCUCAAAGGGUCGAUGCUCCAUGUCUGCACACAGUUUCACAGAAGAAAUCUCAGAUCCUACUGGAGGGUAAGCCACGUCAAACCCUAUGCGCCAAUACAGCAAAGAUGCAGCAUAAAGACGCCACAUUCCCCUGUCUCCCCCAUCACCCUACCAUUCCACCCACCCCUCCUCUAA